CCCUCCUCCCCCCACCACCCCCGUCCACUACUGUAGAGCCCUUCCUUAGCCUAUUUUCUUCCCGGAGCUCUUUUCUACUUCUUACCCCAACCCUUUAGUCCGCCCCUUGAGAAUAGGUUCGUAGCCUACCUUUUUAGCCCACUCUCUUAGGCGUAUUUAGCUCACCUUCUUAGCCCCACACGUACUACAGCUCCACUAUUGGUGGGGGUUAUGUCUCAUAUCUCAAGACCACUUGCUAAUGAUGAAAAAUUGCAUGAUCGACAUUUGAAAUAAGUGACUGUUGUACUUAUUCGAUUAGAAUCAGCCCUUCUCCACAUCUAGCCAUUGUUCACUCGUGACGAAGAAUGAUAGAAGCCUGGGAAUAUCUCCUUCAUUACUACGGCAUAGUGUCACAGCCAUGGAAGACAGCAUUCACUAUGUCCAGGGCCAGUCUCCUUCAGAGGCAGGUAAAGCUGAGGACGACGGAGAGCAGACCGGGGGGGACAAGAAGCAAAAGGAGAACACGGCCUAUGCCAAGAAGAUCGUCUUCAGGUUGGCUGGACUAAUGGGUCUCGGUGGGGCUGUUAGCAUCGUCUACAUAUUUGGCACCAAUUCAGUUGACGAACAAGGAAAUCAGAUUUCUGACGAGUUUGACAAAGACCCACCGGUGGUCCAGCAGCUGAGAAGAACUUUCAAGUACUUCCAGGACUACAGACAGAUGAUCAUCGAGCCCACCAGCCCCAAAUUGCUGCCCGACCCCCUGAAGGAGCCCUACUACCAACCUCCAUACACAUUGGUCCUGGAGCUCACUAAUGUGCUGGUACACCCGGAGUGGUCGCUGGCCACUGGGUGGCGCUUCAAGAAACGUCCAGGCAUCGACUACCUGUUCCAGCAGCUUGCCCCGCUAUACGAGAUCAUCAUCUUUACCACCGAGACUGGCAUGACGGCGUAUCCGCUGAUUGACAGCAUCGAUCCUCAAGGUUUCGUCCUGUAUCGCCUCUUCAGAGACGCUACGCGCUACAUGGAGGGUCAUCAUGUGAAGGAUGUGUCGUGUCUGAAUCGUGACAGCAGCAAGGUGAUCGUGGUGGACUGCAAGCGGGAAGCAUUCAGCCUGCAGCCUUUUAACGGGAUGGCCUUGAAGAAAUGGGACGGCAACUCCGACGACCGAACACUCUACGAUCUUGCCAACUUCCUGAAGACUAUCGCUCUGAGCGGUGUGGACGACGUCCGCUCGGUGUUGGAGAACUACGCCAUGGAGGACGACCCCAUUGACGCAUUCAAACGCAGGCAGGCACAGCUGGCACAGGAGGAGGAGCAGCGCCUGUCAGAGCAGUCCCAGCAGAAGAAACAAGGAAUGUCUCUGGGCUCCAUCGCCUCGCGCUUCUGGCGCUCGAAACAACAGUGAGCCCCGCCUCCUCUCUGACUCACACUAGUCGCUGCCACUGAGGGGAGGGGCCAGAGGACAGCCGGGGGAGGAGCCUUGGUCGCAGAUCAUGUUUUGGUGAGAUGGGCCUUGGCGCCCAAAGGACACGAGCAGCCUCCAAUGACAUGAAAGAAACACUUCCUGCUUUUUGGAUGAGAGGUUUUGUGGAGGGGGGGAGCGGCUUAUUGGACAAAUGAGGAGGGAUGCGGGUCAGGUGAAAACUCUUAGGAAUGCCAGAGCCGCCAUCGCCAUUUCGACCUCAAGAUCUGACCUGAGAACUCCAACCACCCCCCAUCCCCUCCGCCAAAAUGUCUGUCUGUUGUCUGCGAGCUCACUGACGGACUGACGGUGGACUCGUCUUUGUAUCAAUAAACACAAACACCACCACAUCUUCGUUGGCAUUUCAUUUCAACGUGAUGACGGUGAAACAAAACAAAGAUGGUGACGCCAAACAUCCUUCUUUUUUUACCAACUAUUUAUUGCGAAUAUGUCUUCGUGCUUCGUGGCGUCUGCUCUUCAUCAAACACACGAAGGGCUUCCUCUCCACAGAACCAGUACCAGAACUCUCAGAGUUCCUCCUCGUGCUCUCAUGCGUUGUCCUGCUGCACUUUGGACUCCAGCCGAGCCCGCUGUGGUUCUGCUUGUUGAAGGCGGUGUGAAGUGUUGUAUGAUGGCGUCUCCAAUAAAAGGAACCAAUCAG